GGUGGCGCUUGUAGUUGUAGUGUACUUUCGUUUUCAGAAAGGGAGGUCACUACGGUUUGUAUUAAGAAAAUGAAAGUACAUUUGUAGGUGGCAACGUACACGUGACAUCUUAGUACUGGCAGUUAUGUGAUUUCCACAAUAUGCAGAAAAACAUCAAACGAGAUUUUGGAUCAUUCCAUGCUUCCAAUGUUCAAGAGUUGUUAGAGCUUCCAGAGUCGGAGUACCAGCCUCCUGCUUUCCCAGUCAAUAUCCCGAGAUUUACAGAUUAUCAGCUGGAAACAGGACAAUGCUGCCGCUGUAAUCAUUUUCUUUUAGAGGAAGACUGCACUUUCAUCAACCAUGGUGCAUUUGGAGGUGUGCUCCGGGAGGCCAUGGACACUGCUCAGGAGUGGCAGCGAUAUGUGGAGAGACAGCCACUGAGGUUUUAUGAUCGUGAACUACUGCCACAUCUAGUAUAUGUGACCAGGAGACUGGCAAAGUUUGUCCGUUGUGACCCAACUGAUUUGGUACUGGUGAUCAACGUUACCACAGCGAUAAAUUCUGUCGUGAGAGGCCUGGAUUUAAAGAAGGGAGAUAUCAUCUAUAUCCUGAAUGUGACAUAUGGAGCUGUCAAAAAGCUGUUACAGUAUGUGUGUGAAGUUACAGGAGCUGUGUUACAAGAGGUUCAGCUAAACUUUCCUAUCACCAGUAAAGAUCAGGUGAUUUCCCUAGUUGAGGAAAGUUUACAACCAGGAGUGAAAUUGGCAGUGUUUGACCACAUACCCAGUAAUGCUCCUGUGAUUCUGCCUUUAAUGGAAAUCAUUGGUGUUUGUAAAAACAGAGGCAUUCCAGUACUAGUAGACGGAGCCCAUGCAUUGGGUGCUCUCCCCUUGGACCUGAAAACUCUGGACCCUGACUACUAUGUCAGCAAUGCCCAUAAGUGGUUCUGCUGCCCCAAGGGAUCUGCAUUCCUGUAUGUGAGGAAGGAACUCAAGUCCCAGACCAGGCCACUGAUUAUCUCCCAUGGCUUUGGUUCUGGUUUCAACUCAGAAUUUAUUUGGGCAGGUCUCCACGACUACAGUCCAUUUCUAGCCAUGCAUGUGAACAUGAACUUCUGGGAGGACAUUGGAAAUGAAAAGAUACAACAGUAUAUGUACAACCUGUGCAGAGAGUCAUGUAACUUGCUGACAUCACUUUGGCACACAAAACUGGCAGCUCCUAAGGAAAUGUUUGGUUGUAUGGCACUAGUGGAGCUACCUCACCACCUAUACACCUCUGAUACAGCAGCAACAUACAGUACUGGAGAGGCCCUUCAGAACCAACUCUACCAUCAAUACAACAUCGAGGUUCCUGUCAAAUGUAUUCAGGGCAAACUUUAUGUUCGGAUUUCAUGUCAUAUCUACAAUGAACUAGCGGAGUAUGAAAAACUUGGAAAAUGUAUUCUGGAAAUGUGUACAACGAAACAGAAAGCAUCUGCAAAAAAGUCUGAGAUCAGUGAUGUCCAUAACUGUACAAAUGAAUCUGGUUCUGGAUGUGAACUAAAACAGAAACAAUGAAAAUAAUACUAAACAAAUGGCAACCUUUUAAUAUCUUACAUAUUUUGUCUAAUUGAAAUUGAGCUCAGGGAAGUGUAAAUAAACUUUUCAAUUCUGUAAUGGGGUCACAUUAAGAAGUGUCAAGUAAAAGUGGUCUCUAAUAUUUUUGAAAGAGUAUUAAUACCAUUCAUGUUAAUAAAAUUUUAAGAUUAGAAAAUGGCGUUCUCACAUACUCCACAGGGUUAUCCCGCGGUUGCUAGGGAAAAGAUUAAUAAAAUCUUUCACCCCCUUGGGAGUGAGACGGGGAUCUCAACCCAAAGGGGAAGAUUCUUAAGUUGCCAAACAUGAGACUUGGUGAGUGUUUGGCAGCUUAAUGAUCUUACCCCGCGGGUUGAGAUUCCCCCGUCUCACCUCCAUGGGGGUGAAUGAUUAUUUGUCUCUUACCCUGUUUACCCUCUUAUGUAUCUAAUAUUGACCUUACAUCAAUGCAAGGAAAUGAUAACGUGACGUGAUUGAAUUGUUGACGUGAUGUCAUUGUACUGUUGCCGUGAUGUCAUGGUAUUGUUAAAGUGAUGAAAUACAAUUGUUGAGAACAUGAAAA